AUGCGCGAACACAGUGAUUAUCGAUGGGGUGAUUAUUAUUUGUCGGGCGGACGUAAAGGCAAAAAGUCAUGGGUUUUGGAAUUAAUUCAUACGACCAAUCAAAUGAUACCAACCUUCAAUGAACUAUUUGAUGAGGAGACAUUCUAUGUGUUUGCAUUCAUCGUUGUCAUUUCAUCUUUCCUGAUUGCUUUCUUUCUGGCUAAAGUGGUCGGCAUACGAAUUCGCGAAUAUCCACUAAAUGUGAACCGUGAGUGGCGUGAUGCACGACCAGCAAAUCCCUUUCGUUUCCCAUGGAAUCGAAAUAGUUGUUGA